AUGGAGCCUUUUUUGCGAGACGCCGGCCUGCAGCCCUCUUUGGGCCCCGCAGCCAUGGUGGGCGGCGCCUGGCGGGGAUUGGCCCCAGGAUUCGAGGCUGCGGCGCGCAAUGGCGGCAUAACACCGCCCCCCAGCGCCUCCCUGAGCAGCGCGCUCUGCCUGGGCGCCCCACUGGCCUCCCGCUGCCAUCCUGCUUCCAGGCCGAUCACUCGCAUCCCAGAUAGGGCCCCUCGCCCUGGGCUGCUCCACCCUGCCAGGCUCCCGGGUGGAAACGACAUUGGAUUGAGGCAGGACCUUUUCCCGCCGAUCGCCUACUCCCCCACAGAAGGCCAGCCCCUUAGCCAAAUUCUGAGCAACGCGGGCAAGAAGGCCCUGGGGGGCGGCGUGCCCGGCAUGGUGGCCAUGUUCAUCCAGGUGGGGUCGCUGAUGUGGCUGCGCACGACAGUGAACUACCAGUACAGGAACGGUACCAGCACCACGGAGGCCCUGCGGACGCUGUACAAGGAGGGGGGCAUCCGGCGGUUCUACCGGGGGGUGGGGCCGGCCCUGAUCCAGGGCCCCCUGAGCAGGUUCGGAGACACGGCAGCGAACACGGGCGUGCUGGCGCUGAUGGACAGCAGCGCGUCCACGAGGGACCUGCCGGUGUGGGCGAAGACUGGAGCCGCGUCCGUCACCGCGGGGCUGUGGAGGAUCUUCCUGAUGCCCGUGGACGCCUGCAAGACGAUGCUGCAGGUGGAGGGUGCCAAAGGCCUGAAGGUGCUUGGCAGCAAAGUGACUAAGGGUGGACCAACAGUGUUGUACCAUGGUGCCCUGGCAGCCUCAGCUGCCACCAUGGUCGGCCACUACCCCUGGUUUGCCACGUACAACUACCUGAACUACUACAUACCGCAAUACGAUGAGCUCCACAAGAGGCUAUUGCGAAGUGCCUUCAUUGGGUUUUGCGCAUCCUUUGUGUCUGACAGCUGCUCCAACUCGAUUCGUGUGAUCAAGACAUCGCGCCAGACAGCCACUGAACCAAUGACCUACCCACAAGUUGUCAGGGGGAUCCUGGCAAAAGAAGGCAUAUACGGCCUGAUGUUUAGAGGACUGAAGACGAAAAUUCUCACCAACGGCCUUCAAGGCAUCCUGUUCUCCGUCCUCUGGCGUCUGGGGAUGGACUACUGGGAGAAGUCUGAGAAGGCCAAGAAGGCGCAACAGUGA